AGACGUUAUGGCACAACGUCAUGCAUUUAGACUGACAUCAAUUCAUUAAAUAAGAAUAGUGAAGCUAUUGCAUUGGGCUUUUGAGUUUAAGGCUACAUAACUUGAAAGGGGGGGAUAACUGACAUCAUUUCCUGUGUGGGUAACUAGGGACUGUCUGGGACCAAAUUAGUACAUAGUACAUAACAUUUUGUCAAGGUCACAUGACCCAAUCAAUUCUUAACAGCAUUUUAAGCUCUACACAAUAACAAGAAGGAAUUUUGGCAGGCCCUUGCCUCCUUUCCAUUGUUCUUCUGCCAAGUGGAUUUUUUCACUGGGCUUUAUGGACUAGUUAUUUAUAAUGUUUAGUAAUAUAACGAAGAAUGAAAUUGUAUGUUGGUGAUGUCUGAUGAUGAGAUUGAAGAGUCUUGGACAGAAUUUUUCGAAAACAAUCAUGUGAUACCACCCCACCAUUCAAGAGGUUCUCAAAAUAACAAGGGAGCUCAAAUCUUUCCAUUUUGUCUUAAUCUAAAGAGUUUAGAGCUGUCAUUUGCAAGUAAAACUGAAAGUGAUUUUCAACUGCAGUUAACUUUUUAUGAUGCAGCUAAUCAUUGUUUCUUUGGAAGUACAUGGAUUGGUGCCAUUGUUAAAUCACAGAUUAACUCGAAUGGAGUUCACGUUUUAUCACUGAAUGAACCGCUAUAUUUCCACACAUCUGUGAAUGAUUACACUACAUUUGCUGUUGUGGAGUUAGUAAAUACAACUGGUAAUGUAUUUGAAAGUGUUGGUUGGGCAUGGAUUCGUGUAUUUUCACAGUACGAAUCUUUAACUGACACUGGCGAAACUGCUCUCCCACAGAACAAGAGGGUGGAAUUUUACCAUGGAUCCCCAAUGGCGUUGUUGCAUAUUCCUGAACCUGUUGAAGAAUAUUUACAUUUGAAGAAGCUAAACAAUUGUACUUUGCAUUAUACUUUGCAAACUCAUGAAGUUUUAGAGAAGAUUAGGCAUUUACUUCCAGAGAAUGUGUUUCUUAGUGGGGAUGAUUUUGUGCCAGGAGUUGCUGAGGAAGGAGAACAAGAUGAUGGAUUAAUAGAUAUUUUAAAAUCACCUGUGCCAAUAAAAUGCUGGCCUUGUCACUUAAAUAAGCUAUGCAUUAAUCUUCUUCCAUCUGUUGAUAAAUUCGAAGAACAACUUUGUGAACUGUUGCAACAAGAUAGACUCGUAAAAGAUCUUGUAACAGCCGAUGGUAGUGUUAUAACGAUUUGUGAACGAAAACUAAAGGUUGGUGUGCACAAUGGUUGGAAGUUUGUGAAAUCACCUCAUAUUACUUAUCUGGAGAAAGAGUACCCAAACACAAUGUCAAUAAAGUCCAAGAAGCAAAGUUUAAGGCCUGGUUCAACUAAUUCAACAAAAGAAUGUUCAGGUUUAAUUUUAACAAGUCGUUUGGAACUGAAUGAGAUGAUAAAACACCCAUUGUUUGCUAUUGUUUUUCAACUGCAAUAUGUGGUUAACGUACCAGUCAUACAACCUGAAAUACCAACUGGAAGAAGGGCAAGAAGUAAAUUUGGUUCAUCUUUUGGAAGUAUGCCAUUAGCGAAGAAAGUUGAGAUUGCUCUUCGGUCUGUGAUUUGGGUUCCAUUUGAAAAUGGAAAGAUGAACAAAAGCAACAUUGCGCUUGAAUUAAAUGGUGGUACUGGUCCCAAUCCUUUUGGUAAUAUGGUUUUUGCAGAAAUGUACGAAUUUCCUGAAGACUUGCAUUUUGACUCGCUUGGAAAGAUUUCGUUUGACUUUGUUCAACCGAAGUUAAAAAAAGCACAAGAUGUGUCACCGAAUAGAUAUCUUGCACCAUUGGAGCAACCUUUUUAUCGUUCUUAUUCUACCCCAACUACUGAUGAAAGAUCUAUCUAUACUGAUACUGACAUCAACCAGAUAUCGUCUAUUGGUAACAAGCCUCCAAUACCACCUGCAUUCCAGCAGUCCCAAAUGAUGACUCCGCGUUAUGUGCAACAAGUCCAACAUUUAACGGAACUACCACGUACUCAACAAUACACCCCUUUGAUCGUAUCAGCUAUGGAAACACCAAAGCCAGUUGCAUUAAGUCGAGUUGCACACUCUUUGUUACACACAGUGGAGUAUCCGAAGAUAUCAGACACACAGGGAAAUCACCCUUUCAUUGUCGAUCCCCAGGAGAUUGUGAAAUAUGAAAUUGCACGUGAGAAUCGAGAUCCUUUGCAUGCAAAUGAAAUUAUCUUGCAGUUCCUUGCAGCAUCAAGGUGCGGUCAUAGAACUGCUUUUUUCACCUUUCAGUUUUAUCGGUUUCCGCAGACUACUACAGAAAGGUUACAUUUAAAAAAACUUGAUGGUGCAGAUAGGGUUCAUGGAGACAUUCCUUUUAUACUACAAAAAAGCACCAGGGAUGGAAAAAUAUCAACACACUCUCCUCCGGGAUUAAUGAUAAAAUACACUGUGGAUCCUUCGUUUUUGCAACCUGGCGAAAAAACUUCAUUUCUCAAAUAUCUAUUACAGCAAAGACUUUAUAUAGACAUGUGGGAUGGAGACUCGCUUCUGCUCAUUGGUUCAACGUCGAUUGCUUUAAAGCACCUCCUUCGACAAGGUAAACCCGCUGUGCAAGUGUCAGAGGAGUUGGAUGUGGUUUUUAUGGAAUAUUCAGAAGAUAAUCCAACACUAGCUGGCGAUGUGUUACAAACUGGUCUUACUCAGCCUCCUGGUGUAAAGAUUUCUUUGGAAGCGAAACUGUUUCUGCGAUUAGCCAACAUAGGUUGUCUACCUGAUACGAAUUCUGAAAAACUGCAACAACUACCACCCUCUUUUAAAUCAACUGUUGUUCCAAGUGCUCCAUUGUUAACAUCAUCACGAAAUCCCUCUUCUCAGCAGUUUAAAAAAUCAGCAACGUCCACAGCUAAAUUGGUUUCUGACUGCGAUGCUGAGCUUGCUACUGUUUUGCUGACGAGAAAAGACGUGCCUGGUAAAACGAAGAAAAUGAAAGAAAAUGAAGCAAAUUUAAUACGCAAAAGAAAAAUAGAAAGAAUGCAAGCAAUUCGUCAGUUAAAUGGUGGUGAAGAAAUACCUUCGCCUUUCAUACUCCAGAAAGAAGAGAAAAUUCAAAGAACGAGAGAUCUCAGAACAAUCCAACUGUACAGAGAGAAGUACAAAUCAAACAACAUUUUAUCGAUCUUGGAAGAGAACGUCACUACCCAUCAUAUGAUCCACUCUUCGUUAGGACAUGCAGAAUUUUUUGAGUUCGCUUUGAAGAAUCCUUAUCCCAACGAUCACGUGGUCAUGAUUACACUCGACGAUAAAGAACUACAAGUUGUUGUGAAUCCACAGGAAUGGCGAUAUUUGAAACAACAAACGGAGACAAACACAGCAAUCGAGGAGCAAAUGUUCACGUCAUCAACCGAAGCGGGUACUAAACUGUUCAUACAAGCAAAUGAAACUGUUCACGUACCAUUCAAGUUUCAAAGUUUUACUUCGCAACACAUCGCACCUGAAAUGGGUCCGUCUCAUCCUUUGUACACAAAGUCCAAUGAUUAUUCACUACAGACUUUUGGGAAAGAUACUACUUUGUCAUCAAAAGAUAUAAAGGUUUUAUUUCAUGGUAACGAGAGCAAAACACUGGCAAUUCUUAUACUUCAUGUCGAACUUCACCCUCACACGAUCAACCAAACCUUUCGAUUUUAUCAACCUGAGCAAACCUUCUUAAAGAAAGCUAUUCGCUUGCCACCGUGGCAUACGCUACCAGGUUCGUCCAUACUUACUGACGGCACUCCUCCUCGCGUGGUUGCAAAAUGUAGUGACGAUGGAGCGAUCUGUGAAACGCACCAAGUUCGCGUCGGCGAACCACACGAAGUGUUCAUUAAGGUUCCAUGUGGUAUUUCACCUAGCGUUAAUAGAUUCUUUAUUUUGGUCUUUAUAGAUAAGUAUUGUACCAAACCAUGUCAAAUAUGGCAGUUCUACGUGCAUUCAUUGCAAAGAGUUGAUAUCAAUGCCACGGAGGGACAGAGCAGCAAGCUCUCUAUCCUUCUAAAAGGGACGCAAUCAUCUCGAAUGGUGAAAUGUUUUUCAUCGAAUCCUGAUGAAUUGAAGGUAGCGCCUCAAGAUCAUUUCAUGUUGAUGUCAAACGGCGUACAAGAAGUAUGUUUCACCCUACGACCGCUAGUUUCUGGUAAACGAAUGAUGUUUGUGAAUGUAGUUGAUCAAGAAUUCCACCAACUGGUAAAAUCUUGGCUUGUAAUGACAACUUGCUCUCCUCCUGUGAUAACGAAGUCAUUUGAAGUCCAUUUAAGAGUUGGUGGUGGAGCAGGCUCAAACAAAAAAAUAUCGUUCUUGAACCCCUACCCGGUGAAAAAGAACUUUUAUUUUAAAACAAAUCGUGAUGAUUUGGUUCAGUUUAAAGAAGAUGGUGUAUUGCUGGGAGGAGGAGAGACGCAUAAUAUUGGUCUUUUUUUCUUGCCACAGCAGUCAGAGGGCUCCACCACAGUGCUUAUUUUCAUCAAUGAUCGCGAUGGUAAAAAUGAAGAGACGUUUUGUGUUAAAGUGACGUAUAUAUCCGAUGAUAAACGUUAAGCCAUGAGUUUUGUUUUUAAAUGUAUCGUUAAGUAUUUAUGCUAAUUUAUACUGUAUAUAACAUCAAAUUAGGAAUUUUUAUCAAAAGAUUAGGAUAAUUUAAUAUA